AACCUUUACACUCUCGAGAGCUUGGACGGUGAACCAUCCAUAUGGCAACCAACACCCUCCCCUCUCGCUCCCUCCUCGCUGCUCCGGCCCAGCACCCUGGUCUACGGCUCGGGACUUCUCUCCGCCUCUCCCUCUCCCUCUCUCACCACAAUCAACCCGCCGACGACCCUGAGCGCCGCCGAGCUCCGGUCGGCUCUCACCCGGCCUUCUCGCGCGGUGACCGUGCCAAGAAGAUCCCCGUCCCGACCACUGGCGAGCCCGCCGCCGGCAUCCGGGUCACCGACCGGGGCCUCGCCUACCACCUCGAGGGGGCGCCGUUUGAGUUCCAGUACAGCUACACGGAGGCCCCACGAGCACGCCCCGUCGCGCUCCGGGAGGCUCCAUUCCUGCCGUUCGGUCCCGAGGCCACGCCGCGCCCGUGGACCGGAAGGAAGCCUCUCCCCAAGAGCCGCAAGGAGCUGCCUGAGUUCGACUCUUUCGUGCUACCGCCGCAUGGCAAGAAAGGGGUGAAGCCCGUGCAGUCGCCAGGGCCAUUCCUCGCAGGGAUGGAGCCAAGGUACCAAGCGGCGUCCCGGGAGGAGGUCCUCGGGGAACCGCUCACCAGAGACGAGGUCGCCGUGCUCGUCAAGGGAAACCUCAAGGCGAAACGGCAGCUCAAUAUGGGCAGGGAUGGUUUAACACACAAUAUGUUGGAGAACAUUCAUGCACACUGGAAGAGGAAGAGAGUUUGCAAGAUAAAAUGCAAAGGUGUAUGUACAGUUGACAUGGAUAAUGUCUGCCAACAACUCGAGGAAAAAGUUGGAGGAAAAGUAAUACACCGUCAAGGGGGUGUUAUAUUUCUCUUUCGUGGCAGAAACUAUAAUUACAGGACUCGCCCAGUUUUUCCACUUAUGCUCUGGAGACCUGCAGCACCGAUGUACCCUCGCCUGGUCAAAACGGUGCCGGAUGGCUUAACUUCAGACGAGGCAACACAAAUGCGCAAGAGAGGGUGUCAAUUAGCACCAAUUUGCAAACUUGGAAAAAAUGGUGUUUAUGCUAACCUUGUGAAGGAAGUUAGAGAAGCAUUUGAAGCAUGUGAUCUUGUCCGAGUUGAUUGCUCAAGUCUAAACAAAAGUGAUUGCAGAAAAAUUGGAGCUAAACUGAAGGAUCUAGUUCCAUGUAUCUUGCUGUCUUUUGAGUUUGAACAUAUACUGAUGUGGAGAGGAAAUGAUUGGAGAUUCCAACCAUCUCUUCCUUUGCCAAGUGAUCAACAUCCGUUCAAUGGUGAAGAAAAAUUGAAUAAAAUGGAAAAUGAUUCAGCAACUGUUCCAACUUCUAUCGAGGUGGUCAAUAAUGCAGCAUCUGUUUACAACAGCAUCUUGAGUGAACGUGAACGUUUUCUGGAAGAUCCCUUGAUUCCUAGUCUUGCUAAUGAUAUGGUGCUAAGUUCUCCACUUACAGUCCCUGGAUUGUGUAAUUCUAAGAGUGUAGCUGUAACUGAAAUCUCAGUUGUUGGUCCAUUACAACUUUCUACUUCAGAUACAGUGAUUCCAUCUCUUACGUCACAGUUUUAUGGCCAAGGUAUCCUAUCAGGCAACAGUGAAAAUGGAGAUCCAGUUCAAAGGUCUCCUGUUGACUCUGGGAAGUCUGAACAAUAUCCAGAUGUGGUAGAAACUUCCAUUUGUCCGACGAGCAGGAAUGAUGUGGUCAGCAAAUUAGAGACUAUGAGCAAAAUUAGUAAAGAUUUGAAUGGACAUGAUGGUGUAAAGAGUUAUUCAAAUAUAUUGUCCUGUGUGGAGGGAAUGUUACUUCUUUUAGAACAGGCCACAAUAACUGGAAGGGCAAAUGUGUUGGAUGAAAAUGAGUUUGUUGAUGCUGAUGUGAUUUAUCAAAAGUCUGUUGCCUUUGCAAAGACAGCUCCACGAGGUCCACUUUUCAAAAGUGCACGAAGGAAGUCCGGCCUUGGGAAAAGCAUGCCAGAUAAGAGUGUAAGAGUAAAGAAGCAUUCUAUAGAACAUGAAGAACCUAGUGAUGUUGAAAGGAAAUAUGAUGUUGACAGACGAUUGGGAAAGCAGAGAAAUGAUCUUGCACAAGAGUUUCUAUCGGAUGUGGUUCCACGAGGUACACUGAGAGUGGAUGAACUAGCGAAGUUACUUGCUUAGAUAUGGCUGCUCUUUACUCUUACGCUGGAGGGAGGAGGAAGAUGAACCAGCAGCCUUGGAUUGCGUUGGAUUUCAAUGGCAAAAUCUAAGGAAACUGAACUUGCCCCUUAAUUUUUAGACUCAAGAAUUGUUUAGAAGUACUCAGUCAAUUGCGUUGGAUUUUGUUGGAUUGCGUUGGAUUUUAAAGGUAAAAUCCAAGGAAACUGAUUUUUGUAUUCUUCACUGGCGACAUUUAGGCGGAGGGUGUGAUGUUGGUGACAAUAAAAUUACCCUUGUUCUCCUCCCACUGUGACGGUGCCUUAUCGGGUAGAGGUAGGGAGCCAGAGAUGUCCACGUAUUUGAUCUUACGGAAUUUCGGUUUUUGUUCUUGUAGAUGAUUCCAUGCAGAUUUGAUCAGUUAUUGUUAGUGUUUGGUGCUAUUGUUCGUUUGA